CAGGAGUAUUCGGUGGACGUGGUCAUGCCGUAUUGCAAUGAGCCCUUGGAUGGCCUACUCUCCAAGAAGACGGGCUAUGACGAAGACUGGUUGCCUUCUCCAGUGCCUUUCAGGCAUGCAAAGCUGAUCCUGUAUCGUUUAUACGACUGCUUCGACCAGAGGGAGGUGCUGUCCGACAGAAAGGCGCUCGCGAGUCUUCCAGAAGCUGCAGCCGCAGCGCAGCUCUUCGGUCACGUGGAGGUGGUGCCAGUGAAUGCUAGCCCAAGUGCUUGGGAAGCGGCCAGAUACUUCCUGCACUUGGCUGAAAACUAUGACAAGCUUUCCGACUUCACGAUCUUCUUACAUCCUGAUGUCUUCGAACAUGUGAACCCCCGGACCUUGCGCAACGUGCUGCUCUCCUUGCGCGUGGGGACCUUUGGUCUGAGUGGUCAAGAUCAGGAGUGGUUCAAGUAUCUCUCCCUCUCGCACCACUACCUGCUACGACCUUCUCGAGCCCGUUUUGCUUCGACCAAUUGCACUGAGGCGGACUUGGGCUUUCAGGAUCUGUGGCAGCAGUUCUUCCCCAAAGCGCCCGACUUCGACUGGUACUCCCAGGAGAACACCAACUUCGGUUUCUAUUGCUGCUCACAGUUCCUUGUACACCGGGAGCUGGUGCAAAGGCGUCCGCGCCAAUGGUAUUGGAGCAAGGCCAAUGAGAUUAGCUGGGAACAUUGUGCCACCAGCUAUAUGGAGCUGAUCUGGCAUGGCAUCUUCAGAGGCAAAUUGCACGAGCAAAAGCGCCAGGAGCGGAGAGAGCUUCCCUUGUUUCUGCGCGUCGCACCGAGCCAGCAAAAACACGGAGCCAGCGGACGGACAGAGGAUGGUUGUUGGCUGGUGAUGUUUAUGCCAUGCAGUGAGCUGAAAGCACCCAGG